AUGGAGCUUUUGAAACUGUUACUAAUCCUAAUUACUAUUCUGUCUAAUGUUCUAACUUUAAGGAGUAGUGAACUUCUUGUUCAUGAGUACUACAAGGAAAAGUGUCCCUUAGCUGAAGAGAUAGUGAGACAUAACAUGGAAGUCGCAAUUUAUAAAGAUCCACGUUUAGCUGCGUCACUACUUCGAUUACACUUCCAUGAUUGUUUUGUCAUGGGGUGUGAUGCAUCAGUACUUUUGGAUAGUGUUGAGGGAAUGACGAGUGAGAAACAAGCUGGACCGAAUUUGAAUUCUUUACGCGGUUUUGAAGUCAUUGACAAGAUAAAGUAUUUGCUUGAAGAGGAAUGUCCUCUCACUGUUUCAUGUGCGGAUAUUCUUGCUAUGGCUGCUCGUGAUGCUGUUGAAUUGAGAGGAGGACUAAGAUGGGAAGUGUGGCUGGGGAGGAAGGAUUCCCUUGAGUCAAGUUUCAGUGGAGCUAACCUAUUCAUCCCUGCUCCAAAUUCUUCUUUACAGACCUUAAUUAACAAUUUUAAGCAACAGGGUCUUGACAUUGAAGACUUGGUUGUUCUAUCAGGUAGCCAUACUAUAGGAAGGGCAAGAUGUGUAAGUUUCAGGCAAAGGAUCUAUGAAACAAAACAAGAAUAUCACUAUGGCUAUGACUAUGAUCAUGAUCGCUACAAAAGAUACACAACCUUCAGAAGAAUCCUAGGGUCAAUAUGUCCUGUUAAAGGAAGGGACAACAAAUUUGCACCCCUUGAUUUUCGAACACCGAAAAGAUUUGAUAACCACUACUUUAUUAACAUUCUUGAAGGAAAGGGAUUGUUAGGUUCUGAUAAUGUUUUGAUCAACCAAGACUUGGAUGGAAAGAUCAGGGAACGGGUGUUGAGUUAUGCCUCAGAACUUUUCUUUGCUUCAUUUGCUAAGUCUAUGAUUAAGAUGGGAAACAUCAAUGUUCUUACCGAAGAUGCAGGAGAAAUAAGAAGGAACUGUAGGGUUGUCAACACAUAG